GCUGGUUUUGUUGGUCCUGCUGGGUGCUUGCGUCGCUUUCUGUGUUCUCGGUUGUCCGGCGUGUCAGACGUGGAGAGAAAAGUGUCGGCAGGCAGGAAAGCAGUGACUGACAUGGUGCAGUUGUCUCCGUCCCCCACCCUGGAUGUCUCCCACACAUCUGACCCAUCAGCGGCAGGAGAGGAGGAGGAGGAGCAGGAGCAGGUGAAGACUGGGAGUCCAAAGGGGAGCUCACCUGAGGGGCUGAUGAACCUGGAAAUGUCCACCCCCUACCCUGGAUAUGAAGCCUAUAUAGAGGAUGGUCUCAUCUGCCUAAAACACAAAGUCCGGAACCUGGAGAAGAAGAAGCUGAAACUGAAGGACUACAAGAAGAGACUGAGCCAGGGAGAGUCCCUGAACCAGGACCAGAUGGCGGCGGUGGAGAAGUACGACGAGGUGCUCCACAACCUGGGGUUUGCAAGAGAGCUGCACAAAACCUUGGAUAAUCUAACUCAGAAUUUGCUGAAAGCCCAGAAGAAGGCAGUCAAAAAAGAGCAGACGACAAAGGCUGAGGUGGAGAGGAGCCAUCUAAGCCUGGUGCUUCAGCUUCAUCAUCUCCUCAGUGGCCUACAGCAAGAACAUGUGCUUAAAGACGUGCUGGCUGGAUGCAACCAGGCGCCUUACAUCCCAGCUCCACAGCUCAGCCACUUGACCCAGCUUGCCACCCUGUUGGGUAUCAGGAGGGAUGACAAAAUCAGUUUAAAGGAGCAGAUGGAGCGGGCUGCUGUGAUCUACAUGGACCUUCUGGAGGGAAAGGACAAACCUGUGGCUGGAUCAACAUAUAAGUUGUUGAAAGAUGAGCUCAUCAGGCUGUUAAACUACAAGUACUUCAGCUGUCUUCCUCCUCCACCCAACAAAACUCAAGCCAGCCAGAUCAAGUCUCGAAAGGAGGACGGCACAGAGCUUGGAGAACCAAGGGAAGGUCCCAACCUGGUGCUCGUGGAGCUGUCGGCAGGUGUGACCUACAGGCACCACGCAGAAAAAGAGAAACUAGAUUAUGGCUCCCUACCGUACAGCCAUCAAUGCCAGCGUGAUUAG